AUGGCCACCGCCGGCGCCUCCAUCGAAGAUGUCGACUACUACGCGCUACUCGAACUCGAUCCGGAAGCCACCGAGCAACAGAUCCGUACAGCGUACAGGAAAAAGUCCCUCAAAGUCCAUCCUGACAGGGUACGUCUCUCGAGCGGUCCUUCCUUUCGGGUCAACAGGUUGCAGGAGAAAGCUUAGUAGGGCAACGAGACCCUCGAGCGCACAGAAUCGAGAUGACCCCACCGCGGCUGCGUUGUUUCAUGAUUUGACGAUCGCCUUACAAGUCCUCUUGGAUCCCAUCAAACGCGCCUCGUUCGAUAAACUUCGCUUGGCCCGUCAAGCCCGAGCGCAAAGGUUCUCGUCACUCGAUUCGAAACGCAAAGCCAUGGCCGACGAUUUGGAGAGGAGGGAACAAGACUUCAAGAAACAAAAGGGGGAAGAGGGGCAGAAGAAGAGGGAACGACAGCUCGAGUUGAUGCGACUGCAGGAAGAGGCGAGGAGAAUGAAGGAAUCACGCUUGAAGGAGAGGGAUGGGAGGGCGGAUAGGGAGAGGGAUGAAGAGGUCGAGAGGAAGAAGGAACGGUCGAGAAAGGAGGCGCGCAAAGAUGAUGGGGAAGAAAACGUUGUUGCGUUGGGUUUGAUGGAUACGACCUUGACGCUCAAAUGGCCGAAGGAGUUACGGCCCAAGAUCAGGCGCGUGCAGGACGUGAUUGCACUGGUCAAGACAGUUGUCGAAACGGACGAGGAUGGGAUCGAUGUCGUACUUUCGGCGGACAAGAUCCCCAAGGGUAGAUGUAACGUCAAAUUCAGGACCAUCAGUGCGGCAGUCAGGCUUAUGCAAAAAAGCGGAGGGGACAAAAUGCGGGAAUGGAAGGGUCUGGAGAUUGGGUGGGCUGCGGGGAGACCACCUGUGGGCGUGGAGGAUGUCGGGGGGAACUCGGCAGCAACGAAGAAGCAGGAAAGUGAGGCACCUGGCUUUGGGAAAGGUUUGGGAGGUAUUGGGGAUGGAGCGUUUGGGUCCAGAACAACAUCGACGACCAAAAAGGAGGCGCCAAGUUUCGCUUCGUCGUUCCCAAGUGUGGUGAGUUACUCUUCGAGACGGCCUUUCAGAUAUGUUAAUUAAAAGCUCUUCUGACCUGACCACUUCAUUCACUCUCUAUGAUACAGACAGCUCUGAACAACAACGACGAGACCGACAUACUGGCCCGGUUACGUCAGAAGGAGAGGGAGAGGCUGAUGGAGCAAAUGAGGGUCGAGGAUGAAGCGGACGAGGCAGGGGCCUAA